AUGCCGGGAACACAUCUACUGCCCCCGAAUCUCCUAAAACUCUUCGCACCUAGGCCGCCGUUGCCGUAUACCCGCCCUCUGGACCGUGACAUCGACCGGGUCAGGCCGAAAAAUGUCGAUGGAGUCGGUUCGCUUCUCGCAUCCCUCCGGGAAGCGAAGACACAGGGCAUGAUGGAGUCGGGGAGCACUGGAGACGCAGGAGAUGGAAUGGAAGAAGGAGAGGAACCCGCGUUCACCUACGCGGAGGAGACCAAGAGGCAACUUCGGAGGGAAGAGAGAAAGAGAAAGAAGGCCGAAGAGUUUCAGAAGGCGAAGGACAGCUACAAGCCGUCAGAGGACCCUGAAGCCAUUGGCGACCCGUAUAAGACUUUGUUCAUCUCGCGUCUGCACAAAAAUGCGACCGAGAAUGACCUUCGACGGGAGUUUGAAGGAUUUGGCAGCAUUGAACGGGUGAGGAUUGUUCGUGACAAGAACGGCCGCAGCAGAGGUUACGCGUUCAUUGUGUUCGAACGCGAGCGUGACAUGAAAGGUAAUUAUCUUCUUCCAGCUAAUGGACCUACUCACCCAGCAUGCACCUGCGCACUUGCGUCAUGGCGUGACAUCGUUUUUAGCUGCCUACAAGGAGUCUGA